UGAGACCAUUAUUUUCAUCAGAAUAAACAUAGAAAAUCUUACAUGUGUUUCAGAGAUAUUCUUAGUGUUAUGCAUAAAGUCAGAAGAUGAACUGGAAUAAUAUUAUCCACACAAUAAUCUUUCUUUCUCUGACUGGACCUGGAAUUCUGGGAAAUACCCUAAUAUUUGUGAGACAUAUAUACAUGCCUGCCUUGUGGAUUGAGAAAAAGCCUGUUGACCUUAUUCUCAUCCACUUGGCUUUUUCUAAUAUAAUCAUUAUUUGUAGCACAGGGAUCAGAGAUAUAGCCACAGUGUUCUAUUUCAGAAACUUCCUAGGUGAUACUGGUUGUAAAACUGUGGUUUAUCUGGCAAGGAUGGCACGGGGCCUCUCCAUCUGCACCACCUGUCUCCUCAGUGUGGUCCAGGCUAUCACCAUCAGUCCCAGGACUGCCCUUUGGACAAAGCUCAAACCACAAACAGCAUGCCAAGUUCUUCCCUUUAUCCUCGUCUUUUGGAUUGUUAAUGUUCUCAUAAGCUCCAACUUGCUCUCCUACAUCAAAGCAGGCAGUAGCUUGAACAAGUCUGUAGCUGCAACAUUCAUUGGCCACUGCUAUAUGCUCCAAUCAAGACACAUCAUCAAGUGGUUUUUCCUCUCUCUCAUGACUCUUCGUGAUGUCAUCUUUCAGAGUCUCAUGGGCUGGAGCAGUGGGUCCAUGGCUCUCCAUCUGUAUAACCAUCAUAGGCGUGUCCUCUACCUUUACAGCUCCAGGUCUGCAAACAACUCUGCUCCAGAAAUCAGAGCUACAUGGAGUGUUCUCACUCUUAUGACCUGCUUCCUUUUCUUCUAUUGGGUAGAUUUUAUUCUCUCCUUCUACACAGGUUUUUCAGUGACACAUGAUUCUAGUUCACUAAAUAUGAAAACAUUUUUAGAACUUGGUUAUGCUAGUUUCAGCCCCUAUGUUCUGAUUAGCAGAGAUUUUCGUGUUCCUAAUGUCUUGCAUGCCCACUAAGAAGUACAAACAUAUAUUCUAUAUCUAAUCUCUAUGAGCUGAAGGUGUAUGCAUUAUAAAUUGCU